AUGCCCGCCAUCAAGCGCCAGCGCCGGCUGCCCUACCAGCAGCUGCGCUGGCUCGACACCUCCUCCGCGGCCGUCUACGGCGCCUCGUACGCUCUCCAGUGCACCGCCACUUUCUUCUGCUCCUUCAUCAACACCCACCUGGACGUCUUCUUCAUGGCCGUCAUGAUCCACGUGGCGGACCAGUUCAGGAUCCUCGCGGCGCGAUUCGCCGCCCUGCGGUUGGACGCGGACUGUAAGCCAGAGAGCCGCGUGCUGCAGGACGGGUCGUCGAGGCUGGGCGAGGAACUGUACCGGGAGCUGAGUCUCUGCAUCCAGAACCAUCAGGACCUCGUGAGGCUGGUCCAUCUGCUUGACGAUGUGAUGAGCCCCAUAGCUAUGACGCAGUUUGUGGUGGGCGCCGUCAACGCCUGUAUGGUGCUCUUCCCGGCUACAUACGCGGAGACGGUGUCCAGUGCGGCGUACGAGUGCUGCUGGUUGGGGGCGGACCGGAAGCGGCGACGCGCCCUGCUGCUGGUCAUGUGCCGAGCCCAGAGGCCGCUGCAGCUCACAGCAGGCAAGCUCUACCCUAUCAACAGGCCCACAUUCCUCUCGCUUUUGCAGGUGACCUACUCUUACUACACAUUGCUUCAGAACCUGAACAGUCGAUAAGAAGAAAACUUCAUAUUAGAGGAGCACUAUGGAUAUAAAAGAAUGGACUUUCACCAGCUCCUUUCCUUAGAAGGAUUUCUGGAAAAUCUGUAUCACAUCCACACCAGCAACCAACACUGUCAUUCUUGCUACAGCUAGAGAUAAAUUAAUGAGGCGGAUUGCUUUUCUGCACAGACUAGAACAACAUGUUAAUCAUGGAUUGUACAACUUUCUA